AUGUCGACAACUCGCUUCCUCUCCGUGCUCUUGGCGAUUCUCGCCUUGUCAUGCCUAGCGGCAGACGCCCGAAAACUACAAGAAGCGGACCCCGCAGUCCCGGCAGUGGAGCCGCAGACAGUGGAAACCACCCCCCUCCCCGGAACUCCCAAGCUCGCGAGCAUCGCCGUCGCGCCGAACGCGAAAGCGAGCAGCCCCGUAGUGCCCACGACGACCGCGCCCACCCCCAAGGGGAAGGCCCCCGGCGGUAAGGUCGCUCCCGCCGGCGGAAAGCAGCAGGGCCCUGGAACGCCCAAGCAGGGCGCAGCAGGCGGCGCAGGAGCGCCCAAGACGCACCCCGCGCCGGUCCCCGGGGGAGCACAGCACAAGGGGAAGCCGCUGGGGCGCGAGGUGAUGCAGGUGGGAACCGUUCUCCGCGGAUCGUCUGUCGUGGGCGCUGCGCCCGGCGACGCGAACGCGGCGGGCAACGCGAUCAUGACGGUGUAUAAGAACGGCAAAGUGGUGAACAUCAAGUAUAUCGUCUCCGUGCGGAAGCUGUCUGUCGCGGGUCUGCCCACCGGCGCGACGAUCAACAUGGCCGCCAGCGAUGCGACGGGGCCGGCGGUGAUCAGCUUCGCGGGAGCGGAAUGGGUGAACACCACGGGCAUUAGCUCGAAGAGCGGCGCUGCGUCGACGGAGAAUUAUCUCAGCUAUGCGACGACCGGCGUGUGGGAAGACGUCGCCAACAUGAAAACGGCGUCUGGCGAAGCGCUUUCGACGGCGUUCGCGAAAGUGAUGGUGAACCCCGAGAAAUUCUACGUGGUUGUGUCGACCCCGGCGUUCCCCGCGGGCGCCGUGCGCGGACAGAUCCGCAAGGGCACUGGCGCAACUGUGCUUCCUCCCGGCCACCGCAAGCAGUGGGAGGAGAAGAACAAGGCCAAGGCGCCUGGCAGUUAG